GGCGGGCGCGCGCCGGGAUUGGCUGCGCGCGGCCCGGCCCCGGCGGCGCGGGUGAAAGGGCGGCCGGGCAGCGGCGGCCGCGGACAUGGCGCUGGCUGCGCUCCUGCGCUGCGGCGGCCGGCGGGCGCGGCUGCCGGGGUGGGAAACACUGUGUUCAAGAUGGUGCCUUAUAACUUCACAUAAAUUCUAUUCAUCUGUGUAUGAUCCAAAUGAAAAGACUUUUGAAAAACUGCUUAUUGCCAACAGAGGAGAGAUUGCAUGCCGAGUCAUCAAAACAUGUAAGAAGAUGGGGAUUAAAACAGUUGCCAUACACAGCGAUGUCGACGCCAAUGCUGUUCACGUGAAAAUGGCGGAUGAAGCUGUCUGUGUUGGCCCAGCUCCCACCAGCAAAAGCUACCUCAACAUGGAUGCCAUCAUGGAAGUCAUUAGGAAAACCAGGGCCCAAGCUGUACACCCAGGAUAUGGAUUUCUUUCAGAAAAUAAAGAAUUUGCUAGACGUUUGGCAUCAGAAGGUGUCACCUUCAUUGGACCUGACACACAUGCUAUUCAAGCUAUGGGAGACAAGAUUGAAAGCAAAUUGUUAGCCAAGAACGCAAAGGUCAAUACGAUCCCUGGCUUUGAUGGAGUAGUCAAGGAUGCAGAUGAAGCUGUCAGAAUUGCAAGGGAAAUUGGCUACCCUGUCAUGAUCAAGGCCUCAGCAGGUGGUGGUGGGAAAGGCAUGAGAAUCGCUUGGGAUGAUGAAGAGACCAGGGAAGGUUUUAGAUUUUCAUCUCAAGAAGCUGCUUCAAGUUUUGGUGAUGAUCGCUUACUGAUAGAAAAGUUCAUUGAUAACCCUCGUCACAUAGAAAUCCAGGUUUUGGCAGAUAAACAUGGGAAUGCCUUGUGGUUGAAUGAAAGAGAAUGCUCCAUUCAAAGGAGAAACCAGAAGGUUGUGGAGGAAGCACCAAGCACUUUUCUAGACCCUGAAACUCGAAGAGCAAUGGGAGAACAAGCAGUAGCUCUUGCCAAAGCAGUAAAGUAUUCCUCUGCUGGAACAGUGGAAUUCCUUGUAGACUCCAGUAAGAAUUUCUACUUCUUGGAAAUGAAUACUAGACUUCAGGUUGAACAUCCCGUCACAGAAUGCAUUACCGGCCUGGACUUAGUCCAAGAAAUGAUCCGUGUUGCUAAGGGUUACCCUCUCAGGCACAAACAGGCUGAUAUUCCCAUCAAUGGCUGGGCGGUUGAAUGUCGAGUUUAUGCUGAGGACCCCUACAAAUCUUUUGGCCUGCCAUCCAUUGGUAAACUGUCUCAGUAUCAGGAACCAUUGCAUGUGCCAAGUAAUCAGAGCUUUAAUUGGGGCUGUGUCCUUACAAAGCAAAGCCAUGGAAAAAGCUGUGUAAACAUUAAAGCCUCGGGGGAAGAGCAGCUACAGAAAAAAAGAUGUUUAACAGUUGAGAGGGUACGUGUUGACAGUGGUAUACAACAAGGAAGUGACAUUAGCAUUUAUUAUGAUCCCAUGAUCUCAAAACUGAUUACCUAUGGCUCUAAUAGAGCUGAAGCACUGAAAAGAAUGGAAGAGGCUUUGGACAACUACGUAAUUCGAGGUGUGGCUCACAAUAUUUCUUUACUGCGAGAAGUGAUCGUUCAUCCACGCUUUGUUCAAGGAGAUAUCAGCACUAAAUUCCUUCCUGAAGUCUAUCCUGAUGGUUUUAAAGGACACAAGUUGACAGAUCUUGAAAGAAGACAACUACUGGCAACAGCAGCAUCUUUGUAUGUGGCUGAACAACUGAGAUCACAGCGAUUUUUAGGGACUCCAAGAAUUCCUAUUGCUGAAUCAAAGAGAAGUAGCUGGGAGCUCUCUGUGCAUCUAGGAGAUGGAAUUUACCCAGUUGCAGUUUCAAAGCAUGGCUCAUCAUUUUCUGUGGAAGUUGAUGGGAUGAAACUAAAUGUGACCAGCGAGUGGAACCUGGCUUCACCCUUGUUGUCUGUCACCAUUGAUGGCACUCAGAGGACCAUACAGCGGAUUUCUCGGAAUGCCUCUGGAGAGACCAGCAUUCAGUUUCUAGGCACAGUGUACAAAUUGCAAAUACUGACGAAGGUUGCUGCGGAGCUGAGCAAGUACAUGCCAGAGAAAGCAGCAGAGGACACCUCCAGCAUUUUGCGAUCUCCUAUGCCUGGAACAGUUGUGGCAGUUUCUGUCAAGCCUGGGGACAUGGUUUCGGAAGGUCAAGAGAUUUGUGUAAUUGAAGCAAUGAAAAUGCAGAACAGUAUGAUUGCUGCUAAAACAGGCAAGGUAAAAGCUGUGCACUGCAAAGCUGGUGACACCGUUGGAGAAGAAGAUCUGCUGGUGGAACUGGAAUGAAAGGUUGCCUCCACACUGUUGAAUUAACUAAGCCUUUAUUGUUUUUAUCUGUAAAGUAACAUUAAGACAAUUCAACACAGAAAACAGACAGUACUAUGCACAAGAUUUUAUACAGGCAUAUUUACUGUAUCAGUGGUUAAGACAGCAAACACAGAUGUUAAAUCUUGGCAACAGAUCCCAGAUUUUUACUUCCAGAAAUACUUGUACAUAACCUUUGUAAUGCUUUGAUUUUUCAGGAUCAAAUAAAAUCAAUAAAAUACCAUUUCUGCUUUGAAA